AUGAAGGUUGAAGAUGUGUUAAAUCAAUCUUUGUGUCUAGUAAACACAUGUUGUUUUAAAAACAAAUUAAAAGUGGACACCAAAAUAUCAACAAUCUUUAACAUUGUCAAAGAUGAAAUUGACAUUAACAAAACCAGUUUAGUUGAUAAGGUUAUAAAUUUAAAUGGGAACCUAAAGAAAAAAAAUAAAAAAACAAUUAACAUAGAAAAAAAUAAAAUUAUGAAAAUUAUUAAUGGUGACACAUUCAACUGUCUAGUAAAAUUUGAACAGUCUCUCUUAUCUACAGUACCGAUCAACGACAAAGAUUAUUUGGAUAUUAAUUUUACAUUAUAUUUCAAUGAGAAAGAUUUAAAUCCAAUUAGUAAUUUAUUGUCAAUGAAUAUAAUUACUAAUUGUUUAUGGGAAUUAUUUGCCAAAAUAUCAGAGGAUUAUCUUUUUAUAAACCAAAAAUCUAAAGCUAUACAUACCUAUUUAACGUUUGGUAUGAAAACUACAUUGUACAAAACUGAUUACGAAUCACUGAACCAGAAUCCAGAAGUAGGUGCAAUUUUACACGAAAUAUUUAAGAAUCUUGUAUUGUGCAGUAAAUAUAACAUCAUCAACAAAUUCUUAAAUAUUUAUUCCCAAUAUGAAUAUGCAGUGCUCACACGUGCUGGAAUUUAUAUUUACGAGUGCUAUGUGCUAAUUAAAUUUCAGCAGAUGAUGAAAGAAAUGGAUGAAUUUAGCGACAAUUUAAUGUUUGAUCUAUACAAGAUUCCGAGACCAUUUAUCAAUGAAAACGAAUUAUUGAUUGAUAUGAAUCAUAAGUACUUAAUGGUGUAUACUGGGUUUGAGAAUGAAUACUUGGAAUUCAAUGAAGUCUUAACUGUGGCAUGUGUACUUAGGCAAAACACAUCAAACCCUAAACGUUCAACGAAGGAAUGGUGA